ACUUUCCCUGUGCCGACUCUGAGCGCGCUCCGCUCCUCGCAAGUCCGCGGCGAUGCGCUCCGGCCCGCGGCCCCCGCCUCCCGCCCCCACCCUGGGCCUGGUUCUGACCCUGGCCGUGCUGACCAGCGCCGCAUCUGCAGCCUCCUUCUUCGGUGGGAACCAUCUGGAGGUUCCUGUGGCCACAACCCUGACCGACAUCGACCUCCAGCUGCAGUUCUCCACAGCCCAGCCCGAAGCUCUCCUUCUCUUGGCAGCGGGCCUAGCUGACCACCUCCUGUUGCAGCUUUCCUCUGGACGCCUGCAGGUCAGACUUGUCCUGGGUCAGGAGGAGCUGAGGCUGCAGAGCCCGGCAGAGACCCCACUGAGCGACAAUGUCCCCCACGCUGUGGUGCUCACCGUGUUGGACGGCCGGGCUGUGUUGUCCAUUGAUGGACUCCUCAACACCUCAGCCCCUGCCCCAGAAGCUCCCCUGGAGGUCCCCUAUGGGCUCUUUGUGGGGGGCACUGGGAGCCUUGGAUUGCCCUACCUGAGGGGAACCAGCCGACCCCUGAGGGGUUGCCUCCACGAAGCCACCCUCAACGGCCGCAGCCUCCUCCGGCCGCUGACCCCAGGCGUGCUUGAGGGCUGUGCCGAAGAGUUUUCCGCGGGUGACGACGUGGCCCUUGGCUUCUCUGGGCCCCACUCGCUGGCUGCCUUGCCCGCCUGGGGCACUCGGGACGAGGGUACCCUGGAGUUCACACUCACCACGAGGAGCCAGCAGGCGCCCCUGGCCUUCCAGGCGGGGGGCCGGCAGGGGGAUUUCAUCUACAUGGACAUAUUUGACGGCCACCUGCGGGCCGUGGUCGAGAAGGGCCAGGGCACCGUGCUGCUGCACAACAGCGUGCCCGUGGCCGACGGGCAGCCCCACGAGGUCAGCAUCCACGUGGACGCGCACCGGCUGGAGAUCUCCGUGGACCAGUACCCCACGCGCACUUCCAACCGGGGGGUCCUCAGCUACCUAGAGCCACGCGGCAGCCUCCUCCUCGGGGGCCUGGACGCGGAGGCCGCCCGCCACCUCCAGGACCACCGCCUCGGCCUGGCGCCCGGGACUGCCAACGUCUCCCUGCUGGGCUGCCUGGAGGACCUUAGCGUCAAUGGCCAGAGGCGGGGGCUCCGGGAUGCCAUGCUGACGCGCGACAUGACCGCUGGCUGCAGGCUGGAGGAGGACGAGUAUGAGGAGGACGCCUAUGGCCCCUAUGAGGUGCUCUCCACCUUGGCGCCCGAGGCCUGGCAGGCCCUGGAGCUGCCUGAGCCCUGCGUGCCUGAACCGGGGCUGCCCCCCAUCUUUGCCAACUUCACCCAACUGCUGACCAUCAGCCCCUUGGUAGUGGCCGAGGGCGGCACAGUCUGGCUCGAGUGGCGGCACGUGCAGCCCACGCUGGACCUGAGCGAGGCCGAGCUGCGCAAAUCCCAGGUGCUGUUCAGCGUGAGCCGCGGACCACGCCACGGCGAGCUGGAGCUGGACAUCCCGGGCGCCCAAGUGCGAAAGAUGUUCACCCUCCUGGACGUGGUGAACCGCAAGGCCCGCUUCGUCCACGACGGCUCUGAGGACACCUCGGACCAGCUGGUGCUGGAGGUGUCAGUGACGGCUCGGGGGCCCAUGCCCUCGUGCCUUCGGAGAGGCCAGACUUACGUCCUGCCUAUCCAAGUGAACCCCGUCAACGACCCACCCCGUAUCGUCUUCCCGCACGGCAACCUCAUGGUGAUCCUGGAGCACACGCGGAAGCCACUGGGGCCCGACAUCUUCCAGGCUUACGACCCAGACUCCACCUGCGAAGGCCUCACCUUCCAGCUCCUUGGUGUCCCAUCCAGCCACCCUGUGGAGCACCGAGACCGGCCCGGGGAGCCUGCCACUGAGUUCUCCUGCCAGGAGCUGCAGGUGGGCAGCCUCGUCUACGUCCACCGCGGUGGCCCCGCACAGGACCUGACCUUCCGGGUCAGCGACGGGCUGCAGGCCAGUCCCCCAGCCACGCUGAAGGUGGUGGCCGUCCGGCCCGCCAUCCAGGUCCGCCAUAACACGGGGCUCCGCCUGGCGCAGGGCUCCGCUGUGCCCAUCUUGCCCGCCAACCUGUCAGUGGAGACCAAUGCCGUGGGGCAGGACGUGAGUGUGCUCUACCGCGUCUCCGGCGCCCUGCAGUUCGGGGAGCUGCAGAGGCAGGGGGCAGGCGGGGCGGAGGGCUCCGAGUGGUGGCCCGUGCAGGCCUUCCACCAGCGGGACGUGGAGCAGGGCCGCGUGAGAUUCCUGAGCACUGACACACAGCACCGCGCCGAGGACACCGUGGAGAACCUGGCCCUGGAGGUGCAGGUGGGCCAGGAGACCCUGAGCAACCUCUCCUUCCCAGUGACUGUCCAGAGAGCCACGGUGUGGAUGCUGCGGCUGCAGCCUCUGCACACGCAGAACACCCAGCAGGAGGUCCUCACCACGGCCCACCUGGAGGCCACCCUGGAGGAGGCGGGCUCAAGCCCCACCACCUUCCACUAUGAGGUGGUUCAGGCCCCCAGGAAGGGAAAUCUUCGGCUACAAGGCACACGGUUGUCGGACGGCCAGGGCUUCACCCAGGAUGACCUACAGUCUGGCCGGGUGACCUACGGGGCCACGGCACGUGCCUCGGAGGCCAUGGAGGAUAACUUCCGCUUCCGUGUCACAGCUCCACCACACUUCUCCCCACUCUACACCUUCCCUAUCCACAUCGGCGGCGACCCUGAUGCUCCUGUCCUCACCAACAUCCUCCUCUUGGUGCCCGAGGGUGGCGAGGGCGUCAUCUCUGCUGACCACCUCUUCGUCAAGAGUCUCAACAGUGCCAGCUACCUCUAUGAGGUCAUGGAGCGGCCCCGCCAUGGGAGGUUGGCGUGGCGGGGGGCACGGGAUAAGACCACCAUGGUGACAUCCUUCACCAACGAAGACCUGCUCGACGGCCGACUGGUCUACCAGCAUGAUGGCUCUGAGACCACAGAAGAUGACAUCCCAUUUGUGGCCACCCGCCAGGGCGAGGGCAGUGGUAGCAUGGCCUGGGAGGAGGUACGGGGUGUCUUCCGCUUGGCCAUCCAACCUGUGAAUGACCACGCGCCCGUGCAGACCAUCAGCCGCGUCUUCCAUGUAGCCCGGGGUGGGCAGCGGCUGCUGACAACAGACGACGUGGCCUUCAGUGAUGCCGACUCAGGCUUCGCUGAUGAUCAGUUGGUGCUGACCCGCAAGGACCUCCUCUUUGGCAGUAUUGUGGCGGUGGAUGAGCCCACACGGCCCAUCUACCGCUUCACCCAGGAGGAUCUCAGGAAGAGGCGGGUCCUGUUUGUGCACUCAGGGGCUGACCGCGGCUGGAUCCAGCUGCAGGUGUCAGAUGGGCAGCACCAGGCCACUGCGCUGCUCGAGGUGCAGGCCUCAGAGCCCUACCUCCACGUGGCCAAUGGCUCCAGCCUCGUGGUCCCUCAAGGGAGCCAGGGCGCCAUCGACACAGCUGUGCUCCACCUGGACACCAACCUAGACAUCCGCAGUGGGGACGAGGUCAGCUACCAAGUCACAGCUGGCCCACGCUGGGGGCAACUGCUCCGGGCUGGGCAGCCAGCCAUGGCCUUCUCCCAGCAGGACCUGCUGGAUGGGACCAUUCUCUACAGCCACAAUGGCAGCCUCAGCCCCCGCGACACCCUGACCUUCUCUGUGGAGGCGGGGCCCGUGCACACAGAUGCCACCCUCCAAGUGACCAUUGCCCUGGAAGGCCCACUGGCCCCACUGCAUCUGGUCCAACACAAGAAAAUCUACGUCUUCCAGGGGGAGGCAGCUGAGAUCAGAAGGGACCACCUGGAGGCAGCCCAAGAGGCAGUGCCACCGGCAGACAUUGUGUUCUCCGUGAAGACCCCACCGAGCGCCGGCUACCUGGUGACGGUGUCCCACGGCGCCUUAGCGAAUGAUGCGCCCAGCCUGGACCCCGUGCAGAGCUUCUCCCAGGAGGCGGUGGACGCGGGCAGGGUCCUGUACCUGCACUCCCGCCCCGACGCCUGGAACGAUGCCUUCUCCCUAGAUGUAGCCUCGGGCCUAGGAGCAACCCUUGAGGGCGUCCGCGUGGAGCUGGAGGUGCUGCCCGCCGCCAUCCCACUGGAGGCACAGAACUUCAGUGUCCCCGAGGGCGGCUCCCGCACCCUGGUCCCCCCGCUGCUCCGCAUCCCCGGCCCCUACUUCCCCACCCUGCCUGGCCUCAGCCUGCAGGUGCUGCAGCCACCCCAGCAUGGGACCUUGCGGACGGAGGAAGGGCCUCAGGACAGGAGCCUUGGAGCCUUCUCCUGGAGAGAGGUGGAACAGCAGCUGAUCCACUACGUGCACGAUGGGAGCGAGACGCUGACAGACAGCUUCGUCCUGCUGGCCAACGCCUCGGAGAUCGACCGCCAGAGCCGCCCCGUGGCCGUUACCAUCACCAUCCUGCCUGUCAACGACCAGCCCCCCACCCUCACCGUGAACACAGGCCUGCAGAUGUGGGAGGGAACCACUGUGCCCAUCCUGCCCGAGGCCCUUAGGGGCACAGACAGCGACUCGGGGCCUGGGGACCUGGUCUACACCAUCGAGCAGCCCAGCAACGGACAGGUAGUGCUGCAGGCAGCACCGGACACUGCGGUACACAGCUUCACGCAGGCCCAGCUCGACGGCGGGCUCGUGCUGUUCAUACACUCAGGAGCCCUGGAGGGAGGCUUCCGCUUCAACCUCUCUGACGGGGAGCACACUUCCCCGGGCCACUUCUUCCAUGUGAUGGCCCAGAAGCAGCUGUUCCUCUCCCUGGAGGGCAGCCGGACGCUGACUGUCUGCCCAGGGUCUGUCCAGCCACUCAGUAGCCAGAACCUGAGAGCCAGCUCCAGCGCAGGCACAGACCCCCGCCACCUGCUCUACCACGUAGUACGGGGCCCACAGCUUGGCCGGUUGUUCCAUGCGCAGCAGGGUGGCCCUGGGGAGGCCCUGGUGAACUUCACUCAGGCCGAGGUGUAUGCUGGGAAUGUUCUGUACGAACACGAGAUGCCCCCUGAUCCCUUCUGGGAGGCCCACGACACCCUGGAGCUCCAGCUGUCCUCACCCCCUGCCCCCGACGUGGCCGCCACCUUUGCUGUGACCGUGACCUUCGAGGACGCCUGUCCUCGGCGCCCCAGCCGCCUCUGGAGGAACAAAGGUCUCUGGGUCCCCGAGGGCCAGCGGGCCGAGAUCACCGUGGCCGCCCUUGACGCCUCCAACCUCCUGGCCAGCGUCCCGUUGCCCCAGCGUGCAGAGCACGACGUGCUCUUCCAGAUCACACAGUUCCCCACGCGGGGCCAGCUGCUGGUGUCCGAGGAGCCCCUCCACGCCAGGCAGCCCCACUUCUUGCAGUCCGAGCUGGCCACUGGGCAGCUGGUGUAUGCCCAUGGCGGUGGGGGCACCCAGCAGGACGGCUUCCGCUUCCGCGCCCACCUCCAGGGUCCGGCCAGGGCCCCCGUGGCGGGGCCCCAAACCUCGGAGGCCUUCACCAUCACCGUGCGGGACGUGAAUGAGCGGCCGCCUCGGCCCCAGGCCUCCGUCCCACUCCGCCUCCCCCGGGGCUCCCGCGCCCCCGUCUCCCGGGCCCACCUGAGUGUGGUGGACCCAGACUCGGCCCCUGGGGAAAUCGAGUAUGAGGUGCAGCGGAGUCCCCACAAUGGCUUCCUGAGCCUGGCAGGGGGCAGCCCAGGGCCUGUAACCCGCUUCACGCAGGCCGACGUGGACGCGGGGCGGCUGGCCUUCGUGGCCAAUGGGAGCAGCGUGGCGGGCAUCUUCCAGCUGAGCGUGUCUGACGGGGCGAGCCCACCCCUGCCCAUGUCCCUGGCCGUGGACAUCCUGCCAUCUUCCAUCCAGGUGCAGCUGCAGGCCCCCCUAGAGGUGCCCCAAGCUUUGGGCCACGCUGCCCUGAGCCGGCAGCAGAUCCAGGUGGUUUCAGAUCGGGAGGAGCCCGAGGCCGCGUACCGCCUCACCCAGGGGCCCCAGUACGGGCACCUCCUGGUGGGCGGGCAGCCCGCCUCAGCCUUCAGCCAGCGCCAGGUGGACCAGGGCGAGGUGGUCUUUGCUUUCACCAACUUCUCCUCCGCUCACGACCGCUUCGGCAUCCUGGCUCUGGCCAGGGGAGCCAACGCGUCAGCCACAGUGAAUGUCACCGUGAGGGCUCUGCUGCACGUCUGGGCAGGGGGGCCGUGGCCCCAGGGGGCCACCCUGCGCCUGGACCCCACCAUCCUCGAUGCAGCUGAGCUGGCCAACCACACGGGCAGUGUCCCCCGCUUCCGCCUCCUGGCGGGACCUCAGCAUGCCCGCGUGGUCCGCGUGCCACGGGCCAGGACAGAGCCCAGGGGCACGCAGCAGUUCACCCAGCUUGUGCAGCAGUUCACCCAGCGGGACCUGGAGGAGGGGAGGCUGGGGCUGGAGGUGGGCAGGCCAGAGGGUGGGCCCCCUGGCCCCACUGGCGACAGCCUCACCCUGGAGCUGUGGGCCCGGGGUGUCCCACCCGCCGUGGCCUCGCUGGACUUCACCACUGAGCCCUACAGUGCAGCCCGGCGCUAUGGCGUGGCCCUGCUCAGCCUCCCUGAGGCUGCUCAGACGGAAGCAAGGAAGCCAGAGACCAGCACCCCCACAGGCCAGCCCAGCCUGGAGCCACCAAGCCCGGUGCCCACAGUGGCCAGGGCAGGGUUCUUGGGCUUCCUAGAGGCCAACAUGUUCAGCAUCAUCAUCCCCGUGUGCCUGGUCCUCUUGCUCCUGGCACUCAUCUUACCGCUGCUCUUCUACCUCCGCAAACGCAACAAGACGGGCAAGCACGAUGUGCAGAUCCUGGCCGCCAAGCCCCGCAACGGCCUGGCCGGGGACGCCGAGACCUUCCGCAAGGUGGAGCCGGGCCAGGCCAUCCCGCUCACCACUGUGCCUGGCCAGGGGCCCCCGCCGGGAGGCCAGCCCGACCCAGAGCUGCUGCAGUUCUGCCGGACAGCCAACCCCGCCCUCAAGAACGGCCAGUACUGGGUGUGAGGCCCGGCCUGGGCCCCGAUGCUGAUCGGGCCAGGGACAGGCUUGCUGAGGCCCAGACCCCAUUGCCCCCAGGCCCUGGUGCCCUCUGGGUAUCUCCAGAGCAAGAGACCCAGAGACACUGGGGGUGGGGGAUGCCGGGAGGUGGUCCGAGGGGUCCAGGGUGGAGUGGAGUCGAGAGCUGCAAUCUCCCCUGCUCACCCCAUGUCUGGGGAAUGAAAAGGGGGUCAAGGCAGGAGGCAGGCUCAAAGUCGGUUUCCCUGCCCUGGAGCUAGUUUGGGCUGCCAAAAUUGGGGUGACUCCUGAGUGGGUCAGUCCCCUGGGUCUUCAGUCUGUGACCUUGGGUAAGUCACACCUGGCUGCCAAGAGGGCAAGGAGAAGAGUGGGCCCUGGGGAAGGAAAGGACAGACUGGGAGAGUCCAGGUUUUCCCAACCCCCAACCCAGGCCACCCUUUUUCUCUACCCCUAGGUUGAAGGGAAAAACUCCAUCUCCCUGAUUUUUUAGGGAGCAGAGAGCAGAAGAGAGCACCCCUCUACUCUAGAAGGCGUUAGCCAGUAGAAUAAUAUAUUCAACGUGCAGGGGUGGGGUGGCUUGCACUGGGGAUGGGUUUAUUUAAGGGAGAUUGCCAGGAAGCUAUUUAACAUGGUGCUGAGCUAUCCGGGGCGGAUGGAGCCCCUGGGGCGUGGGAUGAAGUGGGUUGAGGCCAGUUCCUCCCAGGGCCUCGUCUUGAUGAGCCAAAGGCUGGGCAAGCCUCAGUGGGCAGCCCAGGAGCAGGGAGCGAGCGAGGCCUCAGGCCAGCGUGUGAGGCCUGAGCGCCGGGUCACGGCUGUAGGGGGCACUGGCUCCACGGGGCCUGGAUAAAUGGUGCUUUGAAGGCUCUGGACA